GAUGAAGAACGAGCAAAAGCAACUGAAGCCACAAAGGAGAAAGACUCGAAUGAUGCAGAGGACGAAAAGAAGCCGGAAGCCGAAGAACCAGAAGCUGGAGAUGGAGGUCGAGCCCCGUGUGUGGAAGGACCAAAGCCAGAAGAGCCCGUGCCGGACCAAGGAGGCCCAGGACCGGAUGAAGCCGGUAGCGAUGAUCGAAUGUCAGAUGACUCAGAGUCGAGCGAAAGCUCAGAGCGUGUUGAAGAUGCUGAAGUUAGAGAAGAAGAAAAGGACAUCGAGGAAGCAACACCACAAGGGACCGAAGACAUUGACAAGAAUGACUUGUGA